AUGGCGCUCGACAACUAUUAUCGCAACAAGAUUGAGAGCAUGAAGCUCGAAAUCAUUCAGGGUCAGGCUGUCUUACGGAGACUGGAAGCACAGCGCAAUGACUAUAAUUCGAGGGUGCGGUUACUUCGGGAAGAGCUCGGCCUGCUUCAACAGCCUGGAUCCUAUGUCGGGGAGGUAGUCAAAGUGAUGAGCACCAAGAAAGUCCUCGUCAAAGUGCAUCCCGAGGGCAAAUAUGUGGUGGACAUUGCGGAUGGCGUUGAUAUCAGCAAGCUCACUGUAGGAAAGAGGGUCGCUUUACUCUCGGAUUCCUACAAGUUGGAGAAGAUGCUACCCUCGUCGGUUGACCCGCUGGUGUCGCUAAUGAUGGUCGAGAAGGUGCCUGACAGCACGUAUGACAUGAUUGGUGGACUCGACCAGCAGAUCAAGGAAAUCAAGGAAGUCAUCGAGCUUGGCUUAAAACAUCCGGAGUUGUUCGAGUCGCUUGGUAUCGCACAGCCAAAGGGAGUACUUCUCUACGGACCUCCAGGAACCGGCAAAACCCUGCUUGCCCGAGCGGUAGCCCAUCACACCGAUUGUCGGUUUAUCAGAGUGAGCGGAUCGGAAUUGGUGCAAAAAUACAUCGGUGAAGGUAGCCGCAUGGUUCGCGAGCUAUUCGUAAUGGCUCGAGAGCAUGCUCCCAGUAUCAUAUUCAUGGAUGAGAUCGACAGCAUUGGAUCCAGCCGCAUAGACUCGGCGGGUUCGGGUGAUUCAGAGGUACAGCGGACGAUGCUUGAGCUUCUCAAUCAAUUGGACGGAUUUGAGCCUACCAAGAACAUCAAGAUCAUCAUGGCCACCAACCGGCUUGACAUCCUGGACCCGGCCUUGUUACGUCCUGGCCGGAUUGACCGGAAGAUUGAGUUCCCCCCGCCGUCGGUGGAAGCACGUGCCGAUAUUUUGCGAAUCCACUCGCGGUCGAUGAACUUGACGCGAGGCAUCAACCUAACGAAGAUUGCGGAGAAGAUGAACGGAUGUUCUGGAGCUGAACUGAAGGGUGUGUGCACGGAAGCAGGCAUGUACGCUCUGCGAGAGCGGCGAGUACAUGUUACUCAGGAGGAUUUCGACCUAGCCACCGCCAAGAUCCUCAACAAGCACGACGACAAAGAAGUCGCAGUCUCCAAGCUUUUCAAGUAA